AUUACCGACUGUGUAAAAACAUUGAGAGUGUGUGAGAAAAUUAAUAUUCCAUGUGUGGUUGUAGUGUACCUCGCUGUGCAGAAACACAUUUUAGGAGGCAUCUGUAGUACCUACUCUUUUUGUAAUAGAAUAUUAUUAGAAAAUUGUAAAGUAGCGAGAUUGAAACUUAAUUAUAAAUACAAUUAAAUAUGGCGGAAGAUAUCGCUGUUAUAAAAACUGAACAAAUUAAUGGCAGUAGUAAACGAACAGAUUAUAUUAACUGGGAGGAAUACUUCAUGGCGAUAGCAUUUUUGGCUGCAAAACGGAGUAAGGAUCCUGCUACUCAAGUUGGUGCAUGUGUAGUUAAUGAUGAAAACAAAAUUGUGGGUGUUGGAUAUAAUGGAAUGCCCAUUGGUUGUUCUGAUGACGAAUUUCCUUGGAGCAAAAAUUCAGACAACCGUUUAGAAACCAAAUAUCCUUAUGUAUGCCAUGCAGAACUUAAUGCUAUUUUGAACAAAAACUCCUGCAGCAUUAAGAACUGUACUAUGUAUGUUGCACUUUUUCCUUGUAACGAGUGUGCUAAAGUUAUUAUACAAUCUGGGAUAAAAUUAGUCGUAUAUAUGUCAGAUAAACAUGCAGAAAAACCUGAGACAAUAGCUGCUAAAAAAUUGUUUAAUGCAGCAGGUGUUGAGUAUAGAAAAUAUGUUCUAAAGAAUGAGAAAAUUAUAAUUGACUUUAAGGAGAUUGAAUCAAAUGAAAUGAGCCAAUUACCCCCUACACCAAUAAAAUGUAAUGAAUGAAUUUGUUUAUAAUAAGCACAAUUUAGCAUUCUAGAAAAUGAAAUUUCCAACUAAGAUUAAUGAUUUGGUGACAUUCAAAAAUAUAGCUGAUGAUACUGCUGGAUUGAAUUGAAUUGUAUUGGGUUUAGGUAUGUGAGAAAUAAAGAAUACUUUGUUUUAUCCAGUUAUUUUUUUUACCUUUUAACAUUAACCACAUGAGGUUUAUAGAAAAUAAAUAAAACAAUGUACAGAAGGCGAGAGAAUUUAGCAAUAAUACAAAGAUACUAUAUGGUAUUUAAGAUAAUAUUGUCUGCAACUGUGUUGCAAAUCAUUUCCUGUACAAGUGUAAACACUGAUACAAUA